CCAAUCACAGUCUGUGUUUUCUUUCCCGCUUAUUACCUGGAACGAAAUUGCUGCACUAACGUUGUCAUUCUGUCAAAACUCACGUGAGCUAUUCUCCCAACUGUCACCGAAGACGAUUUAAAAAAAUGUUGACAGACUUUUUUUUUUUUUUUAAACGAGUCACUCGGGUUGCCGGGCGUGUUUCCAAGUAGUCCAUGUCAUUCCGAGCUGGAUUACUAAGCUCAUUAUGGCGCCUGUUCAGUGAGCUUCCACAGUUUUCCUGCACCUUCAUCCCCUGAAAGCUUCACUUUAUUUCCAAAUAAAACGAUUUUGCUCACUGUAUGUGAUGCCUCAGACCAACAAGUCAGCAGUUGCUCCACAUAAUGGAGGGCAAGUAUUUGCCCAGGAACAGGGACUACUGUCUGCAGAUGUCCUGAAGCACCUGACCGCUGGUGAAGGAGAUGAGGUGGAUACGGAGGCUGCAGGAGACCCAGAUAUCGUCAAAUCACCAAAUGAUCCAAAGACGUACAGGUACAUUGAGCUUAGCAACGGCCUGCGAGCACUACUCAUCUCCGACUUCAGCAACCUGGACAGAAAGACAUGCAGCAGUGAUGGAGAUGACACACUAGAGAUGGCUGUGGAAGGGGACCAGGUAGAAGAUCCUGACGAAGGUUCUGAAGUAGACGAGCAGAGCGAUAACUUGGAUGAGGUGGAUGAAGAGAGCAAAGAUAGGAGGAAGAAGAGAGGAUCAGAGAAACUGGCUGCUGCUGCACUCUGCAUCGGUGUCGGGAGCUUCAGUGACCCAGACGGGCUUCCGGGUCUUGCCCACCUUCUAGAACACAUGGUGUUCAUGGGCAGUGAGAAGUAUCCAGUAGAGAAUGGUUUUGACGCAUUCCUGAAGAAACACAGCGGGUAUGACAAUGCCUCCACAGACUGUGAGAGGACAGUCUUCGAGUUCGACGUGCAGAGGAGAUACUUUAGGGCGGCACUGGACAGAUGGGCUCAGUUCUUCAUUUGCCCUCUGAUGAUUGAAGAUGCUGUUGACCGCGAGGUGGAGGCUGUGGACAGUGAGUACCAGCUGGCAAAACCCUCCGACUGUCAUCGGAAAUGGAUGCUAUUUGGCAGUCUGGCCAAGGAGGGACACCCGAUGAGAAAGUUCAGUUGGGGUAAUGCUCAGACUCUGAAGCACGAGCCCAAGGAGAAGCAGAUCAACACCUACCAACAGCUCAGAGACUUCUGGAAGAGAUACUACUCUGCUCAUUUCAUGACGCUCGCCGUCCAGUCUGGAGAGACUUUGGACACGCUAGAGACUUGGGUGAGAGAAAUCUUCAGUCAAAUCCCCAACAACGGAGAAGCACUGCCUGACUUCUCCCACAUGCAGGAGCCCUUCGAGACACCGGCCUUCAACAAACUCUACAGAGUGGUUCCUGUCAAGAAGGUUCAUGCUCUGACUGUCAACUGGGCCGUGCCCCCUCAGGGAGCGCACUACAGAGUGAAGCCUCUCCAGUACAUCUCCAGGCUGAUCGGGCACGGAGGCACCGGUAGCAUCUUGUCUCUGCUCAGGAAGAAGUGUUGGGCUCUGGCUCUGUUCGGAGGGAACACAGAGGUGGGCUUUCAGCAGAACACCACCUACUCCAUCUUCUCCAUCUCCAUUACACUCACCGAUGAGGGAUUCCAGAACGUCUACCAGGUGGCGGAUUUGGUGUUCCAGUACCUGAAGAUGCUACAGACGUUGGGGCCUCAGCAGAGGGUCUAUGAGGAGUUCCAGCAGAUACAGUCCAACGAGUUCCACUACGAGGAGCAGAUAGACCCCAUCGAGUUUGUGCAACAGGUCUGUGAGAACAUGCAGCUGUUCUCCAAAGAAGACAUCCUGACUGGAGACCUGCUCGUGUUUGAAUACAAUCCUGAGGUCAUCCGUGCUGCUCUCUCCCUGCUGACUCCAGACCGGGCGAACCUGCUGCUGCUCUCACCGGAAAACGAAGGACUCUGCCCUCUGAAGGAGAAAUGGUUCGGCACCAGCUACAGUGUGGAAGAUAUUGAGGACCAGUGGACCCAACGGUGGGCUGGAGACUUUGAGGUGGACUCGGCUCUUCAUCUUCCAUCAGAGAACAAGUUCAUUGUUUUUCACAUCCAGUCUGGUUCUCUAGGAGGAGGAGAAGAAGAAGAUGCUGAGUUGAACCACCUUUCUCAGGCCACAGGGCAAGCAAGCGAUUUUUCCCUGAAGGCGUCUGACUGUCCAGACUCAGAGUUUCCCGUCAAGGUUUUUGAAGACGACCGUGGAUGUGUGUGGUACAAGAAGGACAACAAGUUCAAGAUUCCUAAAGCUCACAUUCGGUUCCACUUGAUUUCCCCGCUGAUCCAGCAAAGUCCAGAGAGCCUGGUGCUGUUCGACGUCUUUGUGAACAUUCUGGCCCACAACCUGGCAGCACCAGCCUAUGACGCGGAAGAGGCCCAGCUGGCGUACAAGCUGACGGCCAGACAGCACGGCCUGGAGAUCUGGCUCCGAGGCUUCAACAGCAAACUGCAGCUGCUCCUGAAGCUGAUCGUGGAUCACCUGGCGCAAUUCAACACGGACGCCGACGUCUUCAGGAUGUUCUCACAGCAGCUGAAGAAGUCCUACUUCAACACCCUCAUCAACCCAGAUCGGCUUGGAAAGGAUCUUCGCCUUCUGGUUCUGCAACACUGCCGCUGGUCCACCAUACAGAAGUAUCAUGCCAUCAUGAAGGGCCUGACGGUGGAUGGCCUCAUGGCCUUCGUCAGUAGGCUGAAGUCAGAGCUCUUUGUGGAGGGGUUGGUGCAGGGAAACGUCACCAGUGCGGAGUCCAAAGAGUUCCUGCAAUAUUUCCACCAACUGCAAUUCCGAAGCCUGACAACAGAGGUCCCUGUGUCGUUCCGGGUGGUGGAGCUGCCGCUCUCUCCUCACCUCUGUAGAGUCAAGUCUCUGCACAAGGGGGACGCCAACUCAGUGGUCACAGUCUACUACCAGUCGGGGCUGAAGACUCUGAGGGAGAACGCGCUGAUGGAGCUCAUGGUGAUGCACAUGCAGGAGCCGUGCUUCGAUUUCCUGAGGACCAAAGAGACACUCGGGUACACGGUGUACCCGUCCUGCAGGGAGACCUCAGGGAUUCUGGGAUUCUCCGUCACUGUGGAGACACAGGCCACCAAGUUCAGCACAGAGUUGGUGGACGCCAAGAUCGAGGAGUUCCUGCUCAGCUUCGGCGAGCGUCUGUCCGAGCUGACGGACGAGGCCUUCAGCACGCAGGUGAGCGCGCUUGUCGAGCUCAAGCAGUGCGAGGACGCGCAUCUAGGCGAGGAAGUGGACCGCAACUGGUUUGAGGUCAUAACCCAGCAGUACGUCUUUGACCGGCUCAGCAGAGAGAUCGCCGCUCUCAAGAGCUUCACCAAGGCAGAACUCAUCUCCUGGUUCUUGGAUCACCGUGGCGCCGCCAGCAGGAGGCUCAGUGUUCAUGUCGUAGGUUUUGGCGUGGAGGAGAACGACCCGCCGCAACAGAGCUCGAACUGCUCCGAUGACCACUCGUCCUCGGCGUAUGGCGAAGUCAGCAAACUGACCUUCCUGCCCACAUCCUCACCAGCACUCCAGCAUGCCACCCUGGUCACUGACAUAAGAACCUUCACCUCCUCGCUUCCUCUGCACCCGUACCACAAAAUCCUGGACUAGACUCAGCCAGACUGCAGCUCCACUUCUCAGGAGGCAAACUGACAUCUACACAAGUCAACUAGGGUCCACUGACAGUGUUUUUAAGUCAAAAGUUAAAAAUGUAAGCGAGUCACAGCCAAUCAUCUACAUUACGUCAUCAUGAAUGCAGUGCGCCACCUGGUGGACGCUCGGAGUAGAACCUGAAACAACACAUUUUUCAUCUCGACUCCUGAAGUUGAAAAUGAACUUCAAUCCUAAUAAUAUCAACAAGAAAAAUUCAUUUGGGAUUUAUUAUGACCAAACAGAACCAAACUCGCAGUAAAAUAUAAAGUGAUUAUUUUUCUCGUAUUUAAAAACAAGUGUGAAAACGCCGUCUGAGUGAAGCAACAGUAACGUGGUGGGCACAGACCUCCUCUCGUGCUAGUUCUUCUCUCACGACGUUGGAGUUUGAAGUGUUUCGGCACCAAAGAGAAUUUGCUUUCAGUCCUCAAUCUGGGAGACACAGGUCGUGUCACCGCCACUUGGUCACACGUGGAAACCGCGUCAGUCAUGAGACACAGCAUUUGCUCACAAUGACAGUGAGAGCACCAAGUCAGCUGUUUAAUAAAGUUGUGACUGUCAAAUGCAGCAGCUGAGGAGGAUAAAACCUUCUGGGUUAACUGUGUUCAGUGUUGGCUGCCUCCUAGUGGUCAAAGUGGUGAACAUCAGUCUGACGCACUGGUGAGCGCCAAGGCCCGUCUCAAUGAGUCCGGGCCGUCAUCGAGCAGACAAACCUAUGCUGCAAGUCUGUGGAGCAGCUGGUUGAAGUCCAGCUGGAGGGGUUUUGAACCAGCACACACUCUGGCUUGGCAGGGUCCGGCGAUGGGGCCUGCAGCCUGGAGAAGGAAACGGAGUGACCGUCGCUCCAGGUCCAGCGCUCAGCACCCCCAGAGAGUCCUGAGAUCAGAGUCCAGAUUACAGACCGGAACUUAGCAAUGUCACCGCUGCUGAAGACCUCACCGAUCCAGAACGGCUUUUUCUCCGCAAAUCUCCACAGCCACGUCAUGUCCCGUUUGGACCGCACACUGGUCAGGCUGCUGUUGAACCUGCAACCAAACAUGGCAGGUACAGAUGUUGUGACCACAGCAGGCAAAGCUGUUGCAGCAAUAGAAAGCGCUACACUCACAGCAGGGAGCACGUCCGCUGAGCGCUGGCCCAGCUGCCCAGGGACGAGCUCAGGAUGUAGCAGCGCCUCCUGUAGUGGGUCCAGCCGUCUGGACACAAGCUGCCCGACCCUCCACCCUGUGGACCGACAACAUGCUUAGUUACAUUAGCAGAUGGGAUCUCAUAGAACAUCUGGUUCUGGAGGACCUGAAGAAACUGAUGCAGCACUUGUAAAAGUAUUUCUACUCUGGUCACAAAUGUGACACAAGGGUGCUGUCCAACAACAAACUGACUCACACUCACGUUGCGAUGUCGCACCGCAGUGUGGUGCCACUGUUCUGUGGGGUCCCCUUGGGGGGCGUCUCCUGCCCGCAGCUCUUGACUGGACCAACUCCAUUCAGACCUGCUGGGCCUUACCUCCUCUAGCCGCAGGGGGGUGAGGCUGUGGAACUGUGAGGGGAACCAGCAGGACGGGUCAGAACAGACUGCUUCACAUGGCACUGACUUGAUGUCAGAAUCUCACCGUCCACACUCUGUCCUGUGACCUGGGCUCAGCCGACACCUGGACCUGGGAACAGACAGAUUCAUGGGAUGUUCAGGAGGUUGUGCUCACAUCAUAAGUGAGAGAGAAGCCUCCUGUUCCAAUGUAUAUAUAAACAAAGCUGGACGAAGUGUCAUUUUCAGGGCCCAGCAGAUGGAUGUAGGAUUUUUGUCCUGCCAUCAUUUUUAAACCAAGACCACCUACUAGGCUCUGAAAUUGAAGCUUCAUCAAACUUGACCAGAGUAUGAGUCAGACCUUCAAUCCGCCGGUUCUGGUUCUGUGCCCACCGACUCUCCACAACUGCCUGCUCUGAUGCUGGACCACUCCGCUGGCCGCCUGGUCCUGAGGCGCUCCCUCCACGUCGUCCAGGAAGGCGCGAUGGUUUGGGACAUCCCCGCGUGGAGAGUGAGGCUGGUUCUCCCACAUUAACUCGGCUUCGAUGUCCGUGACCCGGUCCUGCUCCUCUGGUCUGGAAGGGGCCGGGGGGCGUGGAGGAGGGUGACUCAGGUCGUCUUCCACCUUCAGGUCAUCAGGGUCACACAAUCCUGAUGAUGAUGGAGUGUCAUUUCUCUCCAACCCAGAAUGAGAACCCCCUCAUCUGGACCUGGGACUCACUCACCUCCUCGGGGGUCGAUGAUCUCCACGCUCGCAGAGCUUCUCUGUCCAAGGACGGCAUUCUUGGGCUGUUUCAGGGUCACGGUGAAGACCUCGUGGUUUUCCUCCAAUCCGUCAUCGAUCAGAUAAACGUUCCAGGUUUUUGCAUCGACGCCUGUCGUGACAGUGAACGGCAGGAUCACCUUGAGAACUUAAAAACUCACAGUGACUUUGAAACACUUGAGCUGUCGUACCUGGAUCAAACUGGAUCAGAGAGGCUGAGCUGUGAGUGAAGUCCCUGUGGGGCUUUGCUGAGCCUUCUUCCACCUGCAGGAGAGUCACUGUCUUACAGUUUAUCUCAGAGAAAUACUAAGUGUCAAGGCCUGUCUUCCAAAUCUUUGAGUUUCUUUAGCUCAGAAACUGAACAGAAGAAAAUUUUCGCAGAGCUCUCCUCAGCAAAUUCUGUCAUGUACCUGAAUUGCGACGUAAGCCGGGUCCAGGCUUUUCCCACUGCGUUGGAUUUGGAUCUGAAGAGUUCCUGAUGUCUCGCAUGUCCGGUAGCAGGUGGCUGACAACUCCACUCGAGACCAGGACAGUUCCAGACUACAAGGAGGAACACGGAUUUAGCACACCACUUGUGUUUCAAAAAACUUCAGAGAAAACUUUAAACCUGUUCAAAAACCUCUUGGUCCCAUUGAAGUUACUCCUCGUUCCAACAGUAUUGCUUUUCAUUGUACUUGAAAGUCAUGAGAACUAGUCUGUUAUUUUGACUGAUGUUUUUUUUUUUUUUUGUUUUUUGUUUUACUUAUGAAAUACCAAUUCACAGAGAUAUAUAUAUAUAUAGAUGAGAUUGUGCUGAAAAGGUGAACCCCCAAACAUGGCCAGGCAAAGUGUUUUAAAGCUUAGAUAUAAAGGCAAAAAUCCAAACGCUACAGGUUUGUUAGGUUGCCUUGUUUCAAAAGCACAACCACGGAGGCCCUCUGGUGACGUGAGGGGAAAUAAUAACGCGCGGCCACGAGAUGGUGCUACGUGACCGCGGUCCAAGGUAAAGGGCGCAUGGGCGAAACUGAACGCUUGCAGAGGAAUCUUGCCGCCAACAUCUCAGGUACAGUAGUUGUCACGUCUUCAGUCUGGUCAAUUCGCUGCACAUGUCAACUCUAACAUGUUUUUUAAACACCAACAUGCUUUUGAUGGUGAAUGAAAACGGUACCUGAUAUCUAGUUGCCUUAGGGAAACUGCUGGAAAGUGUAUGUUAACACAAAAAAUGCAAUAAUUAUUCACAAUAGAGUAUGAAGUUAUGCUUUAAGACACAAUUAUAAGUAGGAAAAAGUGCAUUGUUUUAUGUGUAUACUAUUUAACAGAGUGUGUUUAACAAAGAUAUUUCAAAGAUGGAGUAGAACUAACUGAAAGUAACAUACACAUUCAUGACCAAACACCCAUCUUAAAAACUGAAGAAUUACAGAAGUGACUGCCAGUAAAAACACAGAAGACUGACAGCAACAUAACAGGACACAACAGACACGACACAGACAGCAGUGAACACACAGUCACAGAAGCCUACUGUUUGUAACAGUAAAAUGGCAAUAAGACACAGAAAUGAUAGCAAUUGCACUUCACAGCUCCAUUUCAAGCUCUGUAAAAUAUAUAAUGUUGCUCUAACUGCAUGUAGUGUAAAGAAAGUGCACUAUGCAAUUCAAUGCCAACAUGUG